CUUUAAUCUUACUCCCCCUUGAGCUACAGGCCUACUUUUCUCUCCCUCUCACUGCCAAACUUCUGGAAAGAACCAUCACCCUUUACAGCCGUCACUGCUUCCCCACCGCACACUCCUCACCCAAGCACUCAACUCAGCUUGGUGCCUGGCACACAGCAGGCCCUGGCUGAGACUGAGUUCCACCCCUCUUGCAAAUUGGCAUCUCUUUCCUGGUUCUCCACGGCCAGCCACUAGGGCCUCCUCUCCGUGCUCCUCCGCCCGACCCGGCUGCCCCCUACUGCCGCCUGUCUCCAGGUGGUGUUUGGAAACUAGACCAUGUGCCUAGGGAGAAGUGGUUCCUUUCUCCACAGCUCCACACCCCCAGCCACGCUCACCACACCCUUGUUUUGAGAACCUCAUUGAGGCAGUCGAGCAGUCUGCAGACGGGCGUUUGGAAGCCACUGGACCAGAUCAUUUCUGAGGUCCCCUUCAGCUCUGACAUCCUCUCUUGCCAGCACUCAGCCAUGGGGGAUAUGAAAACUCCAGACUUUGAUGACCUUCUGGCUGCCUUUGACAUCCCAGACCCCACCAGCCUUGAUGCCAAGGAAGCCAUCCAGACCCCCAGUGAGGAGAGUGAGAGUCCCCUCAAACCUGCAGGCAUGUGUAUGGAUGAGAGCGUGUCCUUGUCUCACUCAGGAUCAGCCUCAGAUGUGCCGGCCGUGAGUGUCAUUGUCAAGAACACCAGCCGCCAGGAGUCGUUUGAAGCAGAGAAAGACCACAUUGCUUCCAGCCUCCUACACAAUGGAUUCCGGGGCUCCGAUCUGCCUCCAGAUCCCCACAACCUGGGCCACAACUGUGGGAAGUUUGAUUCCACUUUCAUGAAUGGAGACAGUGCCAGGAGUUUCCCUAGCAAGCUGGAACCUUCCAAGUCAGAGCCAUUACCAACCUUUAACCAGUUCAGUCCGAUCUCCAGUCCCGAAUCUGAGGAUGCCAUCAAAGAUAAUGGGUUUGGGAUGAAGCCCAAGCACUCUGACAGUUAUUUCCCACCCACUCCUGGGUGUGGGUCUGUCGGGGGCCCAGUCCUGGAGGCUCUGUCUAAGUUUCCAGUCCCAGAGCUGCAUAUGUUUGAUCACUUUUGUAAGAAAGAACCCAAGCCAGAACCCUUGCCCUUGGGAAGUCAGCAGGAACAUGAGCGAGGUGGGCAGAAGGCGGUGGAACCUCACAAGGAGCUGGAUGCCAGUCGGUUCUUUGGGGAAGCUUUGGAGUUCAACAGCCACUCCAGCAACAGUAUUGGAGAGCCCAAGGGACUUGCCCCUGAGCUUGGUACCUGCUCAUCAGUCCCUCCUAGGCAGCGUCUUAAGCCAGCUCAUUCCAAGCUGUCCUCUUGUGUUGCAGCCUUGGUGGCCCUGCAGGCCAAAAGAGUGGCCAGUGUCACCAAGGAGGAUCAGCCUGGCCACACAAAGGAUCCCUCAGGGCCCACUAAAGAGGGCUCCAAAGGCAGCCCUAAAAUGCCCAAGUCACCAAAGAGUCCCCGGAGCCCUCUGGAGGCCACUAGGAAGAGUAUCAAGCCAUCGGACAGCCCUCGGAGCAUCUGCAGUGACAGCAGCAGCAAAGGCUCCCCUUCUGUGGCUGCCAGCUCCCCACCAGCAAUUCCCAAAGUCAGAAUCAAAACCAUUAAGACAUCAUCGGGGGAAAUCAAACGGACGGUCACAAGGAUCCUGCCAGACCCUGAUGAUCCCAGUAAGUCCCCUAUUGGGUCACCUCUAGGGAGCGCCAUUGCCGAGGCCCCGAGUGAGGUGCCAGAGGACGAGGUCACUGCCCUGCCUGCAGCAGAGCACUUUCCUGAGGUGGGCACCACUUCAGGGAGCCCUCAGGAUGACAGGAAAGGGGAUGAGAGCGUGACGAAGGCCAGUGAAUCUUCAUCUCCCUGUUGCAGCUCUGGGUCCCGGGCCCCAAAGGGGGCUGCCUCGGGCUCACAGAUGGGCAAGAAGCAACAGCAGAGCACAGCACUGCAGGCAUCCACCCCGGCCCCUGCCAACCUCCUGCCCAAAGCCGUGCAUCUGGCCAACCUGAACCUGGUCCCCCACAGUGUCGCCGCGUCAGUGACGGCCAAGUCCUCGGCACAGAGGCGGAGCCAGACACAGCUGACGCAGAUGUCGGUGCCCUUGGUCCACCAGGUGAAAAAGGCCGCCCCACUGGUGGUGGAGGUCUUCAACAAGGUCCUCCACAGCUCCAACCCUGUGCCCCUCUACGCGCCAAAUCUCAGCCCGCCUGCGGACAGCAGGAUCCACGUGCCGGCCAGUGGAUACUGCUGCCUGGAGUGUGGGGACGCGUUUGCCUUAGAGAAGAGCCUGAGCCAGCACUACAGCCGGCGGAGCGUUCACAUCGAGGUGCUGUGCACACUGUGCUCCCAGACGCUGCUCUUCUUCAACAAGUGCAGUCUGCUCCGGCACGCCCGCGACCACAAGAGCAAGGGGCUUGUCAUGCAGUGCUCUCAGCUGCUCGUGAAGCCCAUCUCUGCGGACCAAAUGUUCGUGUCGGCCCCUGCGAACUCCACGGCACCAGCAACCCCGGCCGCCCCCGCCUCCCCCAAACAUGGCCUCACUUCGGGCAGUGCCAGCCCUCCCCCUCCAGCUUUGCCGCUCUACCCAGACCCCGUGCGGCUCAUCCGGCACAGUAUCAAGUGUCUCGAAUGUCACAAGCAGAUACACGACUACAUGGCUAUGGCUGCACAUUUCCAGAGGACGACGGAGGAAACCCAGGGGCUGACUUGCCAGGUGUGCCAAAUGCUGCUUCCCAACCAGUGCAGUUUCUGUGCCCACCAGCGGAUCCAUGCACACAAGUCCCCCUACUGCUGUCCGGAGUGUGGGGCCCUCUGUCGCUCUGCCUACUUCCAGACCCACGUAAAGGAGAAUUGCCUGCACUAUGCCCGCAAGGUGGGCUACAGGUGCAUCCACUGCGGAGUUGUCCACCUGACCUUGGCCUUGCUGAAAAGCCACAUCCAGGAACGACACUGCCAGGUUUUCCACAAGUGUGCAUUCUGCCCCAUGGCCUUCAAGACUGCCAGCAGCACCUCCGACCACAGCACUACCCAGCACCCCACCCAGCCCCACAGACCCUCCCAGCUCAUUUAUAAGUGCUCCUGUGAAAUGGUCUUCAACAAGAAGAGGCACAUUCAGCAGCAUUUUUACCAGAAUGCCAGUAAGGCGCAAGUGGGCGUCUUCAAGUGCCCUGAGUGCCCACUCUUGUUCCUGCAGAAGCCAGAGUUGAUGCAGCACGUCAAGAGUACCCACGGUGUUCCCCGAAACGUGGACGAGCUGUCAAGCCUCCAGUCGUCAGCUGACACAUCCUCAAGCCGCCCUGGCUCUCGAGUUCCCACUGAGCCCCCAGCCACUAGUGUGGCUGCUCGCGGCAGUUCCCUGCCUUCCGGCCGCUGGGGCAGGCCCGAGGCCCAUCGCAGGGCUGAGGCCAGGCCCCGGCUGAGGAACACUGGCUGGACCUGCCAGGAGUGCCAGGAGUGGGUUCCUGAUCGGGAGAGUUACGUCUCCCACAUGAAAAAGAGCCAUGGCCGGACAGUGAAGCGGUACCCGUGUCGGCAGUGUGAACAGUCCUUCCACACCCCCAACAGCCUGCGCAAACACAUCCGCAACAACCACGACACAGUAAAGAAAGUCUACACUUGUGGGUAUUGCACAGAGGACAGCCCCAGCUUUCCUCGGCCCUCCCUCCUGGAGAGCCACAUCAGCCUUAUGCAUGGUAUCAGAAACCCUGAUUUGAGCCAGACGUCCAAAGUCAGACCUUCGGGUGGACAUUCCCCCCAGGUGAACCAUCUGAAAAGACCAGUCAGCGGCGUGGGGGACGCUCCAGGCACCAGCAAUGGCACUAUCGUCUCUUCCACCAAAAGGCACAAGUCCGUUUUCCAGUGUGCAAAAUGUAGCUUUGCCACAGACUCGGGGCUCGAGUUUCAGAGCCACAUACCUCAGCACCAGGCGGACAGCUCCACAGCCCAGUGUCUCCUCUGUGGCUUGUGCUACACCUCUGCCAGCUCCCUCAGCCGCCACCUCUUCAUCGUCCACAAGGUGAGAGACCCGGAGGAGGAGGAGGAGGCGGCGGAGGUGGCGGUGGAGGCGGCAGAGCCAGAGGAGGGCUCCGGGGAGGAGAUGUCCGUGGAGACCAGGGAGAACGGACUGGAAGAAUGUGCCGGCGAGCCUUUGUUGGGCGACCCAGAGAUGAGGAGAGCACUGGGCCCGGCCCCUGAGGAGGACGGUGCCCAGGAUGCUCAGAGUCGGCCACAGGCCUCUCAGGACCAGGACAGCCACGCGCCGUCCCCUCAGGUGUGACCAGAGGCUUUGCAGUGUGUGCAGUCGGGGUGGUGCCGUGGCGUCCUCCGCCUGCCGUGUGGACAGUGGGAAAUAAAAGCCUCUGCCCCGGUGUGAGUGUGGCCGGCUGUGCCCUGGAGCAGUGUCUGCCCUGAGUGGAGAGCUGGGUGUCCAUCAGCCCCAGGAAAUGUGGGGUUGCCCAGGACCCUCAGAGCUCUGAAUUUGCUUCUGUUAUUUAUGGCUUUGUGCUGCUUCUUGAUGCCCCAACUCUUGUCUGUGUCCUUCCAACCCCAGGCUGCUUAAGUGGCCCAACCUCAGUGCUGUCAACUUGGCUUGAAACCCCUCGGUGGCUGUGCUCUUCUGGGAGGUUCCCUGCUUGCUGCCUUCAGCCAGGGGCCUCCUUGGAGCUCUCUUGGCCUGCGGGCGGCGGCUCUCCUCCUGGCCGUCAGAGCCUGCGAGGGGUGAGGGUGCUCGUGCCGUCCCUCUGGGAGAGCUCUGCCCAGUCUGGCUCGGCGAGGGGCCUUGGUCACCGUGCCCUUCCUUCCUGUCUUCUCUGAUUCUUUUCCCCAAAAACAGUCCUGGAGAAUUAAUCGUCACGCUGGCUGGUCCUGCCUGUGUGGGUGGGAGACACUCGGGCAGCAUACCUGUCUGGAAGCCGGGAGAGCAGGAGGUGCAGCCAGGGCGGGCGGGCGCCGAGAGGCAGGCCCCUUCAGAAGGAGCUGGGUGUCCUUGUUCUGCUGCUGUUCUGCCUUUCCUGGCAAGUGGGGUUUGGGGCACACAGACGUUGGAAUAUUUGUACUCUUGUUCCUGUGCCAUUAGAGAGGCUGCUGCCCCAGGAAGGCCAGCCCCUCCUCCUCUUGGCUACACUCAUGUUGCUCAGACUAUAUUUCAAAUAAAAAAUCUUCUUACCAUGCAGGUAGCUCUUGUAUUCCUCUUCAAGUAAGCCUGGCCCGACCCUGCUCCAGCGAGGGGUCUUUCCCAGACUUCCCCGUCUCUGAGGGAGAACAGUGUUUCCUACUGUCCAUGCAAGAUCCUUUCUAGUUUCUGGAGCUGUGGUUAGGAAGCCAGGGGCCCGGUGCUCCUGGGUUCUCUAGAGAUCGUCUGAAAUGGUGAGGGGAGGGUCUUCCUCCUGGUCCAAAGUCACCUCGUCUGAAAUGGUGAGGGGAGGGUCUUCCUCCUGGUCCAAAGUCACCUCCAAGGUCUCCCCUCGGCUAGUGGCAUUGGCUUUAGGGCCUCUUGAAAUUUCCUGGGCACCUCCGUCUUUUCCUCCAGAUGGAUUUUCAACCUAAGAGAACCCUUUAUUGGGGGAGGGGGUAUAGAGGGAACCUGUAAUUUUCUCUCAGUGUUCAAGAGGCCUUGGUAUUGCCAUUGCCACGGGGAUCUCAGGUGUGGCAGAGUUGGUACCAGACACGGGCUGGCAGAGUUAGAGCCUCACACAGCACAGGCUGUGUGGAGGUAUUACCUGACCUCCGGCCUGAGCGGCUGCUGCAGCCCUGCCUGGGUGGACAUGGGGCUGGGCCCGGCAGGGUCUAGUGCAGCGAAGGGAAGUGGGUGCUGGCUGUGCUCCUAGAGGUGGUCUUUCAAGGAGGGCCUCAAACAUCCACUAUAAAUUAAGUCAGAUAAAUAUACCUGACCUUUUCGCAAUUGAAAAAAAAAUACAUUUUCUUCCUCUAUCAAAUGCCAGAUUUUUAGUGGAAAUGCUAAUGGCAUUGGAAAAGGUUAGUGCUUGCCUUAGUUUCAGACAGACCCUGCUGUUUAAUGACGGCUAUACCUGGCAGGACCACCACAUCCCUGCUUCCCAGGCAAACAGUGAGGGCAAGCCGAGCCUGAUUCCAGCUGCCUGCAAAGCCAGAGCUACCCCAAUGUAGCUGUCACCCCUUUCCUAACUGCGGUUGCAGCGUGCCCACCAUGCACCCCAGGUCCACUCAGGAGAAGAGAUUAUAGAGGAGGCUGGUUUGGAAUGGAUGGCUGAGUCCCUUCCUGCUCAGAAGCAGGGCGAGAGAUGGUGGUGAAACUGCAGGUUUGACCGCCCAUCCCGACCCUAGGUCCGUCCUUCUUUCCUGGGAAUGACAUGCAGUGGAAAGAAUGCCGAGCCGCUCACCAGGAAACCUUGGUCACAGCCUGUGUUCUGCCCUAAACCAGCUCUUAACAAACCCCCUAACUUCCCUGGCCCCUCCCCUUCAAAAGAGGGCUAGAAAUUCCCAUUCAACUGGCUUCACGGGCUUUUGGGAGUUGACGAACGUGGAAGGACUUUCUAGUGUAUGAAACACUAUAUGAAUGUGAGGGAAUCCUGACUUUGGGGCUUGGAGGGUGGAGGGCGUCCUGCCUGCUCUUCAGACUUGGAUGUUGAUGGUCAGUUACAAUUGGUCCAGGCCACCCCUCCAUUAUUUAGAAAUAGCGAUGAUAACAGCACUUUAAGCCCUGCCCAGCAUCUUGGUAAACACUUUCCAGUGAUUCUCUCUUCAUCCUCACAGAGAUCUCACAGUUACCCUCCAUUUCACAGAGAAGAAAACCGAGGCCCAGAGAGGUUAAAGGACUUGCUGGGCCACCUGUAAGUGAUGGUGCUGAGUCAAGCCUGCCUGUUCUAAAGUCCACAGUGUCAACCACUGAGCCACCUUAGUGACUCGGCUCCUUUGGCUGGCUGCCAGCUUGUCCACAGUUUGCAGCCAUCCAGACAUCCACUUUCCUACCUCUCCUAGGGUUGGGGUGCCCCACUGAGUGCCAGGUUCUCUUUGGAGUCAACCUGUGCCUUGUCACCCGAGGAGAGCCCUGCACGUCACGUUUGCUUGUGAUGUUCCGAAGCACAUGCAGCAUCUCUAUGGCCUGUCAUUCCCAUUGAGAUUUAUCUUGCCGUUUGAAGACCUUCAUUUGGUGGGGUGGGGAGGGGCAGGGUACCAUUCUCGAAAAGAUUACCCAACCUUCACAGGCAACAUGGUUCCCUAAGAGUCCCAUAUCUUCUGCUCUUUUUUAAGAUGUUUUUUUCUAAUGGUCUGCUAUCAUUUGUUAUCACGAGAAAACGCUUGCCGCAACAAGCACUUACCUGCACAUUAGCUGGGUUGAACGCUCUGCUGAUCCAGUUAAACAGAUAAGAUCCCCACCCUCCUAGAAACUACAAUUUAAUAUACUCGAAGGCUUGACAAAUGACUAGUAUUUAUUUUCCAACUGCUUUAUCUCUGUACAAUGAUAUGCUGAAUUACUAUAAGCUAAUUGGUGUAGAAAGAACUAUUCCCUUAACUUAUGUAAACGGUCUGGUUUUUGAAAACAACAGUUGUGGCUCAGCAAGUUCAACACAUAGCCUUCCCUGAGACCAAGGAACCCCCCCGCCUGCCCUGUUCACCACUGUAUAUUCAGCACUGGGCACACUUUCUUUGACUUGUUUUUUAAUUUUCCUGUUUUUUGAAAAAUUAAUACAUAUACAUGGUAAGACACUUAAAUAGUACAAAAGUUUGCAGUGACAGGUGAGCUUCCAAUGGUGGUUAGCCUUCAGUUCCCCGGACCCCUCUUUAGGGUUAAUCACUGUUACCUGUAUCUUGUGUAUCCUUUCUGGGCAAUUCUAUGCAUUUAUAACUUUUAAAUAUGUAUAUUUAUAUAUCUAUUUUUAAUACAAAUGGUAGCAUUUGA